GGUAUAUUAAAAUCAGUCACCCGUUGCAAAACUUAAAAAGAAAAAACCAAACUUGGAAGUCAUUUGAUUGACAAGAACAGUAUCAGUGUGUGUUUCAGGACGGAGUCCAAAAAGACCUGAUUGGUUUCAACACCUUCGUCCAAUAAUGUACCACGGCAAAACAAAACCACGUGAUCACGAUCCCCCGAGGCGUCAAAUGGGCCGGAGAAACCAAUACGCUUAUGAUAACCCUGCAUUGUCCGAAACAACUUCUACCCCAAGCAUAUUUACAGUCGAGAGUUCAAGUUCACUUGUUCCAAAAGAAAGUUUUUCACCGGAUCUGUACCCACCAAUUCGAAAAAACUCACUCGAAUCCGCUCUGGAAACAGGAAGUAGAAAAAGUUGGCGUGAAUCUACAGAAAGGAUGUCGGAGGACCCCGCCAAAACUGCCGGUACGUCCACGAAUGUCCUCAUUGCGGAAAAAAGUGGUAGUAAUUCGAGAGAAUCCCUGGAGGAGAGGGAAACCUGGGACAACAAAGCACAAUAUAUUUUGGCAGUCGUUGGGUACGCUGUCGGAUUAGGAAAUGUGUGGCGUUUCCCAUAUUUAGCACAGAAAAAUGGGGGAGGAGCUUUUCUCAUUCCUUACACGAUCAUGUUGGCGAUUGAGGGAAUUCCCAUCUUUUACCUGGAGCUCGCGGUAGGGCAGCGUCUGCGCAAAGGUGCCAUUGGUGCAUGGAACGAAAUCUCUCCGUACCUCGGUGGCAUUGGAAUAGCCAGCGCCAUGGUGUCGUUCUGGGUCUCGCUGUACUAUAACACAAUCAUUGCAUGGUGUCUAUACUACUUGGUUAACAGCUUCCGGUCUUCGUUACCAUGGGCUGAAUGUCCCAACAACGUCUCGGAGUGUUUGAUGAGCAGUCCAACGACAUAUUUUUGGUACAGAGAAACACUGAACAUCUCGCCCUCUGUUGAUGAUCGUGGUACCCUGAACUGGUGGAUAGUGGUCAGUUUGUUAGUUGCCUGGCUCAUUGUUUUCCUUUGUAUGAUCAAAGGCAUCGCUUCAUCAGGCAAAGUUGUGUAUGUUACAGCGACUUUUCCAUACUUGGUUCUUCUCGUUUUCUUCUUUCGUGGCCUGACGCUCGAUGGGUUUGAAGAAGGACUUAAACAUUUCUUUAUUCCAGAUUUUGCACGCCUAGGAGAUCCACAGGUUUGGCUUGAGGCCGCUACACAAAUCUUCUUUUCUCUGGGUGUCUCAUUUGGAGGCUUAAUCGCCUUUUCGUCCUAUAUGCCUGUUAGAAACAAUUGCUAUAAAGACGCCAUUUUGGUUUCUAUUGUCAACUGUGGAACUUCCGUCUUUGCAGGAGUAGUUAUUUUCUCAAUUUUGGGAUUCAGAGCAACAAAGAGUUUCAAGGCAUGUACCGCCCAUAAUGAUUUAUUGAUAAGUCAGAAUAUGACCACGGGGUUUCUACACUGCGACAUCAAAACUGAGAUCGAGAAGAGCGGAUCUGGAACCGGACUUGCUUUCAUCGCCUUCACGGAGGCUAUUAACCAAUUACCUGCGGCUCCGGUGUGGUCAGUAUUGUUUUUCCUAAUGUUGCUGACGUUGGGAUUGGACAGUAUGUUUGGGAUGUUAGAGGGAGUGGUCACUUCUGUCAUCGACAUGAAUCUCGUCAAAAACAUGCGUAAAGAUUUUGUAGCCGCUGUUCUUUGUUUGGUGUCCCUUCUUCUUUCCUUCUGCUUUGCGGAUUCAGCUGGUCCCUACAUAUUUGUACUGUUUGACGAAUACAGUGGUAACAUUCCCCUUCUGAUUAUCGCCCUUGGAGAGCUCCUAGGUCUUACUUACAUGUAUGGACUUAAAAGGUUUGGUGACGACAUAGAACUAAUGACUGGUCAGAGGCCGAAUUAUUAUUGGUUGUUUAUGUGGAAGUACGUCUCACCGAUCGUUAUUAUCGUUAUUUUCAUUGCAAGUCUCAUCAAAUCGAUGAUAAGCACCGCAGCUUACGAAGCAUGGAUACCUUCAAAAGCGGACAACGUGACAACGGAAUGGCCGUCAUGGUGUAAGUUUAUUGCCGCCUUGUUGAUCAUUUCUGCCAUGGGCUGGAUUCCGUUGGUGGCGAUUCUGAAAAAAUUCAACAUUUUAAAAUGGAAACUAGAAACACCUGCAGAGUUUCCGGAAGACCAACUUAUAGCGGAGAGGGGUAUAAAACCCCAUAUACCAUCGGACUGGGAGAGAAAAUUGUUUUACUGGUUAGAGAAGUUGUAAACAUCGAAUUAGUGUAAUACUGAUCGUCUCUGUGUUCGGUUUUUCAGGAAAUUCUCGUCAAUACUAUUCAAAACUUUUAUACGCAGAUAUUUUUCUUUUUACAAAUAUACAAUGGAAUCAUAUGAUGUACAGCACUCUGACUAUUGCUUUUUAAACUCUGGUUACUUUUAAUGGAAAGAUCGUAUCGUAGACACAAUGUUCAGUUCUUGGUCAAAUUGGCGACAGUUUCAAGCAUUUAGCAUAAAAUGUUUUUGUAGUUUU